AUGCAGCAGGAUACCAAAAGAGGUGGCGUCGCGAAGACGAAUGCUUUGCGUUCUGCUGGAAGUACCUCGCCAGGCCUUGCCCGCUGGCACAGCGCCGUCUCCGAAGUGAAUGGGUGGCUCGUGCUGCCGAUGGGGUUUGGAGGUGAGCGCCACGUGACCACUGCCGCGUGGCACGGCGACAAAGUCCUCGGUGCGGCAGUCGCGCGAGAGCUGCAGGCGCAGUGCGUUGGUGGGCAGGACGAGCUCACGCGGCGCUUCUGCGCCGCCGUGAGCAACGAGCACAUGGCGGCGCACCUAGACCAGCUGCUGCCACUGACGCUGCUCACGCUGCUGCCGCCAGCCGAGGAGCGAGCGGCGCAGGUGCACGACUGCGGUACGCUGCUCGAGGCUUGCGUGGAGCGGGUGCACCACUCGGGCGGCGCCGAUGCCAUCGAGGAGCUCGCUCGCUACCUCCUCGCCACCGCCACCGACACCGACGCCGACGCCAGCGAGGGCGAAGGCGGCGAGGCACGCGCGAGGAGGGAGGCGAACCCAAAGGGGAGGCUGCUCGAGCUCGGCGGCAGCGUGGGCCCGGCCGAGCAGGUCGGGGGCGCGUCCCACUCGCCGCUCUUCCGGGCGGCGGCCAGCCUGGGCGAGAGGCGCCUCACUGCGGAGGGAGGCAGCAAGAAGGCGGCCGAGAAGGCGGCGGCGGCAGCGCUCCUCGCCUCGGCAGGCGUACACGCGGCCGUCUUGCCCACACAGCGGCUGGACCUCGCUCGCACAGCGUCCGAGGCCGUCGGCAGCAGAGCGUCGGAGGCUGCGUCGGCUGGCCGGCCGCUGCGUUGGUCGGCGGUCGCCUUCCGUGAGGCGGACCUGGCGGCGGAGCUGAAGGACGGCGAGGACGGCGAGGCGUGGUUCCGGAGGAGGCCGACCCUACACCGGAGCGUGUGCGCGCCUCUCCUCUUCCCAGACGCGGUGCGAGCGGUGGACGCGUGGCAGGCGCGGCUAGACGACGGCGCGCUAGCGAUGGUUCGUGUGCAGGCGGCGCGCGGCGGCGAGGGCGCCACGCGCGUGUUUGUGACGCCGGCACCCACAUCGACCGGCAGCGCGGCGAGGCGGGCGGCAGGCGUGCUCGCGCACGCGCACAUCACCGCCCUCCUCGACCUCCAGCUGAGUGGCAGUGCCGGAGACGAAGGCGAACCACACCACACGAAAGCAGCCCCCCGCGCACACUCGCGUGAGGAGGAUCACAAUGGCGGCAGCGGUGGGUAG